UCUUUACCAUGUGGUCAGGUCCGUGAGUUGGUCGUGCUUGUUUACAUCCCGGGCACAGGAAAAAAGUAUAACUUUUCGGGCCGAAAAAUGGUGCGCCACAAUAACCAGCUGCCGGACAAUUUACCCCAGCUACAGAAUCUUAUCAAGCGCGAUGCGGAAUCGUAUCGCGAUGAGUUUCUGCAGCAGUAUCAACACUUCCACAGUGUGCUGGACAUCUUCCGGCUCGAGCCGGACAAGGAGAACAAAAGUCUGUGCGAGUCGAUCAUGUUUCUGGCCCAGGUGGCCCAGUGCUAUCUGGAGGAGCUGAAAACGUUCCCCCAAACUUUGGUGGACCUGCUGAAAACGCACUCUACCACGCUCGAUCCGGAGAUGCGCAACACGUUCUGCCGGGCAUUGAUUUUGCUCCGCAACAAGAACCUCAUUUCACCGCUGGAUCUUCUGGAACUGUUCUUCCAGCUGCUGCGCUGUCCGGACAAAGCGUUGCGCACCUUUCUGGAGAAUCACAUCAUCAACGACAUCAAAAACAUGAAUGCAAAGCAGAAGGAUAUGAAGCUUAACUCGACGCUGCAAAACUUCAUGUAUACAAUGCUGCGGGAUACGAAUCCGAAGGCAGCGAAGAUGUCGGUUGACAUCAUGAUCGAGCUGUACCGGAAGCAAGUCUGGAACGAUGCGAAAACGGUGAACGUGAUCGCGAAUGUGGGUUGCUUUUCGAAGCUUACGAAGGUGUUGGUCGCUUCGCUCAAGUUUUUCCUCGGUACGGAUCAGCAAGCCGAGGAGGAGGAGGAUGAUGACGACAGUGAUCGGGAGGUUGACCUGAAGGGUAUCAUGAUGGCAGCGAAGGUGAACAAGAAGACGAAAAAACGCAAGAAGAAGGUAGAAGCGGCCAAAAAGCUGUACACGCAGGCACAGAAGAAGAAAAAGCGACCGGUGGCAUUCAACUUUUCGGCCAUCCAUCUGAUCCACAAUCCGCAAGGAAUGGCGGAAAGCCUGUUCAAACAGCUGCAGGACGGGAACGAGCGGUUUGAGGUGAAGCUGAUGCAUCUGGACGUUAUUUCGCGGCUGAUCGGUAUUCACGAGCUGUUUCUGUUUAGCUUCUAUCCUUACAUAGCCCGAUUUAUUCAGCCACAUCAGCGCCAGGUCACCCGAAUCCUACAGUUUGCUGCCCAGGCUUCGCACGAACUGAUUCCACCGGAAAUCAUCGAACCGGUGAUAAAAACGUUGGUAAAUAACUUCGUCACCGAGCGCAACUCGAGCGACGUUAUGGCGAUCGGUUUGAAUGCGGUGCGUGAAAUCUGUGUCCGCUGUCCGCUGGCCAUGAACGAGGAUCUGCUGCGCGAUUUAACGAUGUACAAAAACUACAAGGAGAAGUCGGUAAUGAUGGCAUCGAAGGCGCUGAUAAUGCUCUACCGCGAGCAGAUGCCAACGCUGCUGGCCAAGAAGGAUCGUGGCCGUCCGACGGAGGCGAGCAUUGAAAUUAAGCCCAAGCGUUACGGUGAGAUCGUCGCGGCGGACUACAUUCCCGGUACGGAGGCGCUGUUGCGGGAGGAUGCACCGGACCUGGGGGAUGCUGUGCCGGGUGAUGCUGAUGAUGACGACGAUUCGGACGAAGCGGGCUGGGUGGAUGUGAACAGCAGUGAGGAUGAAACUGAUGCCGUAUUGCGCGAGCAACGAAGCAAAAAGGGUAUUACGAUGAUUAAAUCUUCAAAGGCUAGGAAUGAGCCAGAAGAUGAGGACGAAGAUGAAAGUGAGGAUGAGGAAGAUGAGGAGGAAGAGGAUGGUGAGUCGGAUGAAGAUGACUGGGAAGAUUGUAGCAGCGAGGAGGAAGAGACGGAAGAGAAGCCUGUCGAGAAACCCAAACCGAAAAAGCAGAGAGGUAAAAAGCGUCGCCCGAAGAAAAUUCCCACAGUCACCAAGGCCAGUCUGGCAGCAGAACCGGAACCAUCGCCCGUUGAAACGGAACAGCCUCAGGCCGGUGAACAAACGCUUAAUACGGCCGAUGCAAUGCAGGAGCUAGCGUUGACGAAAAUCUUUACCGAUGCCGAUUUUGCCCGUAUCGAGCAGGAACGCGUUAAGAAACAGCUUACGCAUCACAGCCGCAAACGUCAGCUGGAAACGGAACGUAGUGAGUUUGUGAAGCUCGAUGCAAUCGAGAUGAUUUACAAGCGGCGCAAGGCGGACAAGCAGACGCGUGUGGAAAGCAUACAGAAGGGUCGGGAAGGGCGUGAAAAGUUUGGCUACAAGGAUAAUCGGAUGAAUCCGCACUGUUCCAAGACAAAUCGGGAAAAGCAAAAGAAUAAGAACUUUACGAUGAUUCGGCAUAAGGUACGGGGCAAGGUAAAGAAGUCGUUCCGCGACAAGCAGGUAGCGUUGCGGAAGCAUCUGAUGCAUGUGAAAAAGAUGAAAUAA